AUGCUGGCCUCAGCCAGAGAAAAACGCCUUCCAAGAACACUUUUAAGUCAAAGAAAUGAUGCUGCUUUACUUGAAAAUUCUUGCAGUAACAAGCAGCUAGACCUUGUAUUCGUCAUUGACAGCUCUCGUAGUGUUCGCCCUUAUGACUUUGAAAAAGUUAAAGAAUUCAUCUUAACCAUCUUGCAAUUUUUGGACAUUGGCCCAGACGUCACCAGAGUGGGUCUCAUUCAGUACGGCAGCACGGUGAAACACGAAUUUUCCCUGAAGACCUUCAGGAGGAGACAAGAUGUGGAGAGAGCAGUGAAAAGAAUGAUGCACUUGGCUACUGGUACCAUGACAGGAUUAGCCAUUCAAUACGCAAUGAACAUUGCGUUUUCAGAAUCUGAAGGGGCUCGGCCACUCAGCCAGAAUGUGCCCAGAAUUAUCAUGAUAGUGACUGAUGGAAGACCUCAGGAUCCUGUGGCAGAGGUUGCAGCAAAAGCCCGGAACUCAGGAAUCCUUAUUUUUGCUAUUGGCGUGGGGAGGGUAGAUAUGAACACACUCAAGUCUAUUGGGAGUGAACCGUAUGAAGAGCACGUCUUUUUGGUAGCGAAUUUCAGCCAGAUUGAAACCCUGACUUCUGUGUUCCAGACUAAACUUUGUGUCCAACACAUGUGCAGCAUCAUAAAGCAUGGUUGUGACCAUUUCUGCAUCAACACACCUGGCUCUUAUGUAUGUAAAUGUAAGCAGGGAUAUAUUCUAAAUUCAGACCAGAUGACUUGCAGUACACAGGAUCUAUGCGAAGUCGAAAAACACGACUGUGAACAGAUAUGUGUAAAUACCCCCGGAUCCUAUGUCUGCCAGUGUUACGACGGCUAUGAACUUGAGGAAAAUGGGAAGAAAUGUUUCAUUGUGGAUUACUGUGCCUUGAAUAACCAAGGCUGUCAACAUGAGUGUGUCAGUACCGAAGGCUCCUACUACUGUCAGUGUCAUGAAGGAUUCAUUCUAAAUCCAGACAAGAAGACUUGCAGUAGGCCAGAUCACUGUGCUUUACAGAAUCAUGGCUGUCAGCAAGAGUGUGUCAAUACAGACGAAUCUUACUUCUGCCAGUGCUGGCAAGGAUUUACCCUCAGUGCAGAUAAAAGAACUUGCAAAAGAAUAAAUUUCUGUGCCUUGGGGAAACAUGGUUGUGAACAUGAAUGUGUUAACACUGAAGAUUCAUAUAUGUGCAGAUGCCGAGUGGGUUACACCCUGAACCGUGACCAUAAGACAUGCAGAAGAGUAGACCACUGUGCUGAGAACAACCAUGGUUGCGAGCAACUGUGUGUGAACACCCGGGAGUCCUACGUCUGUCAGUGUUCUGAAGGUUACAUCAUUAAUGAGGAUCUAAAGACUUGUUCACGAAUAGACUAUUGCUUGCUGAGCGACCAUGGCUGUGAGCAUACAUGUCUGAAUAGCGACAGAUCUUAUGUAUGCCAUUGCUUUGAAGGAUAUGUGCUGCACAGUGAUGGGAAAACCUGUAAACGUAGAGAUGUCUGUAAAUCAGUGAACCAUGGCUGUGGCCACCUUUGUGUCAGCGAUGGCAGUUCCUAUGUCUGCAAGUGCCAUGAGGGGUUCGUACUGAAAGAGGAUGGGAAAACCUGCAGAAGUAAAGACCUCUGCAAAUCAAUUGAUCAUGACUGUGAACACCUCUGUGUCAACAACGAUUUCUCCUACACCUGCAAAUGCCAUGAAGGAUUUGUACUAAGGGAUGAUGGGCACACCUGCAGAUAUGAAGAUGUUUGCAAGUCAGUUCAACAUGGAUGCCAGCAUGUCUGUGUUAAUAAUAAAGAUUCAUAUGUCUGCAAAUGCCAUGAGGGAUUUAUACUGGCUGAGGAUAAGAAAACAUGCAGAAAGUGUACUGAAGGCCCAGUUGAUCUGGUAUUCGUGAUAGAUGGAUCAAAAAGUCUGGGAGAGAAUAACUUUGAAAUUGUCAAGGAAUUUGUAACUGGAAUCUUGGACUUUCUUACAAUAUCUCCCAAAGCUGCACGUGUUGGUUUGCUGCAGUAUUCUACUGAGGUUCGCACAGAAUUUACACUGAAUCAAUUCAGCACAGCCAAAGACAUGAUAAAAGCAGUAUCUCAAAUGAAAUAUAUGGGGAAAGGCUCCAUGACAGGACUUGCCCUGAAGCAGAUGACCGAGAGGAGCUUCACUGAAGCAGAAGGGGCCAGACGCUUUUCAGCAAAAGUGCCCAGAGUGGCUGUGGUGUUUACAGAUGGACGGGCCCAAGAUGAUGUUUCGGAAUGGGCUGCUAAAGCAAAGCACAGUGGAAUCACCAUGUAUCAUCUUUUUUAUGCUGAGAAUUUUAGUGCCAUGGAAGGAAUAAGAGAAAAGCUCCAAAAAAGAAUCUGUGAAGCUCUGAAAUACCAUCAGGAUUUACCAGAAGGAUUAAUGGAUUCAUAUUCUGAAGAACCUGAAGCAGCUACACUAGCAAUCAAAGAUGUUCUUGCCUGUUCCAAUUUUGCAGUCCACCACAAAUAUCUUUUCGAAGAAAAACGGUUGCGAUCAACAGUAGUUUCAGGUAAAUCUGUGUUCUGCAAAGGGAAUCCUUCAGAAGACAAGAAAGAUCCAUGCAAAUGUGAAAAUCUUAUGACAUUCCAGAAUUUGGCAAAUGCUGAAGUUAAAAAACUAACAAGACAAUUAGACAAGAUGACAAAAAGAAUGGAAGCCCUGGAAAACAGAUUAAGAUACUGAAGAACACUCAGCAGAAACGUAUGUUGUGCUGUACAUUUAUAGAUACAAAGGUAAUGUAUCAAAGGCCUUGUGUGCUCCUAGGAGAAAGGAGAGAUUUAUGGCUCCAGUAUUUCAACAAAGUACCGUACCAGACUGCAUUUUUGCAUUGAUGGCAAAUAGAAGAUGUACAAUCCAGUGUUUUAUACAGUUGUUUUCAAUUGAAAUAAGCUA